AAAAACAUAUUGCGCACAUCAAUAUGGCAACCUCCAACACCACACGUGUGAGCUUGAAACUCCUGAUCGACACAAGGGGUUGCAAAGUUUUGUUUGCCGAAGCGAGCAAGGAUGUUGUUGAUUUUCUCUUCAGUCUCCUGUCUCUUCCUGUUGGGACUGUGAUCUGGCUCCUCUCCAAAGACGGCAUGGUUGGUAGCAUGGGAAAGCUUUAUGAGAGUGUCGAAAAUCUAAAUGACACAUACUUGCAACCCAAUCUUGACAAGGAUACCUUGCUGAAACCAAAGGCCACAGUUGCUGUUGGUGCCAAUAUCCUUCCUCAGCUGACCAACAAUAUUAAUGUCGACUCGAAUUCUAAACAGUUCUACAUGUGUUCAUACUGCAAUCCGCGCCAUAUUUCCGAUGUUUGUAAUACCCCUUGCCCAAAUGGUUACAAUUCCAUAUCCACUAAGGUGACUUAUGUUUCCCCACAAGCUUCUUCUUCUACGGUGGUGGCAAAGUCCGGCAGCGGGGGAGGGUAUGUCAAGGGAGUAGUAACAUACAUGGUCAUGGAUAACUUGGAGGUGAAGCCAAUGUCCACCAUUUCAAGUAUUGCUGUACUUAACCGGUUCAGUGUGAAGGAUGUUGGUGCUCUUCAAGAGGUGGUGGUUUAUCUUGGGAUGCAAGAGCAUAACAAAGUUCUCUUUGCCGAAUCUGGCAAGGACUUUGUUGACUCUCUUUUCACUUUUCUGUCUCUACCCGUCGGCACUGUGAUCAGGCUCCUCUCUAAGAAAUGCAUGGUCGGUUGUUUAGGCAAACUCUAUGACAGCUUAGAAAACCUAGACGACACAUACUUGCAACCCAACCUCAACAAGGAAGUCCUUCUGUUUGUACCAUAUUUGGAAAAUAGGCCAAAAAUGGUUUUAUUCUCAAAGAAGAUUUAUUAA